AGAGGUGGUCUUAUCAUGCUAAUACGUCAGCUCAGUACCGCUAUAAAGGGCCAAGCCAUCUGUGGGACAUUACAAUCUCAACCCAAUUCUCUCGAGGACUGCAAGAAAGGAAAAAUUACAAAGAUGAAACUGUACCUGGCUGCAGCCGUGCUGAUGCUUGUGCUUGCUGUGCACACAGAGGCCCAGGAUGAGCCCACACUGGAGCAGCAAUUUGCCAAAUUCCAGACCCAGGUGAAGGAGCUUACAGACGACCUGACGCAGAAGACCAAGACCACAUUCGAAGAGUUUGAAAAGAACGAGCUUGUCAUUAAAACCAGGAACUGGCUUACUGAGCAGUUUGAGGCGAUGAAGCAGAAGAUAUCCGAAUCCUUUGUUUAAAGUGAAAACCAAUGACCCUAUACCCUUCUUCCCUUCAAUCAUGUCAUUACUGUGUGAUAUGUGAUACCACCCCGACCCCAAUGUGCCAACUGGUGCAUUUGUUACAGUUCAGUACAUCUUCAAAAUCUGUGAUGAUCUCCAUGUCAUUUGUGUAAAAUAGUUUAAAAUGUUAUGGGAUGCUGUUAAAUAUUGUCGGGAAAAGUAUAAAAUCUAAAUACACAUUCAGAUGUUUUUCGAAAUAAUAAAUGAUGGAACACAGAA